CUUCCACGCAGCACACCCACGCUCCGUGCUGGUCUGGAGCUGGACCCGGAUCCGGAUCCGUCUGAACUCCUUCCUUUUAAUUUUUUUAUUUGCAGCUGAAGUUACUCGGGAUUGUUCUGCAGCCGGAUCGAGUCUGAGAUGGACUUUGACUGCGAGUCCAGAGAAGAGCGGGUUCUGGUUUAGUUGCAGUCCGGACUCUGUCAGGUGCGCGGGGGCCCUCGAGACCCAGAGAGACCUGCUCCAGUGGACCCGCAUCCUCCAGCGGAGAGGGGUGAUGUUAGCGGUGGGUCAGAUGGACGGCUUCCUCCUCAGCACGCCUCCUCUGGCGGCUCUGCACAGCAUGACCGAGAUGAAGACCCCUCUGUACCCGGCCUACCCGCUCUCCUGCGCCGGCCCCAACUGCUCCACCUCCCCGUCCACCACGUCCCCGAACCCGGGCGGCAUGGCCGCGUCCUCCCCGGGGAGCAAGAGCUCCUCGGGGCUGUCCUCGGGGCUCGGCUCCCCGCAGCUCUGCUCCUCCGCCACCCCGCACGGAAUAAACGACAUCCUCAGCCGGCCCUCCGCGUCGGUCCUCGGGGCCACGGUGGCCGUGUCCGCCGCCUCCUCCUCGGCGGGGCUCCUGUCGGGUCUGCCCCGGUUCAGCAGCCUCAGCCCGCCGCCGCCUCCCGGACUUUACUUCAGCCCCGGGGCCGCGGCGGUGGCCGUGGCCCGGUACCCGAAGCCCCUGGCGGACCUCCCGGGCAGGACGCCGAUCUUCUGGCCCGGAGUGAUGCAGAGCCCCCACUGGAGGGACGCCCGGUUCGCCUGCUCACCCCAUCACUCCAUCCUGCUGGAUAAGGACGGGAAGCGGAAGCACACGCGGCCGACCUUCUCCGGGCAGCAGAUCUUCGCUCUGGAGAAAACCUUCGAGCAGACCAAGUACCUGGCGGGGCCGGAGCGCGCACGGCUGGCCUACAGCCUGGCCAUGACGGAGAGCCAGGUCAAGGUCUGGUUCCAGAACAGACGGACUAAAUGGAGGAAAAAGCACGCGGCGGAAAUGGCCACCGCGAAGAAGAAGCAGGACUCGGACGCGGAGCGGCUGAAGGGGACCUCGGACAACGAGGACGAGGACGAGGACUACAACAAGCCCCUGGACCCGAACUCCGACGACGAGAAGAUCUCCAUCCUGCUGAAGAAGCACCAGCAGCCGGGGGGGGGCGGCGCCCUGCUGCUGCACACGUCGGACAACGACAGCUCCUAAUGCCCCUGAUAGCUCCUCCUUUUGCUCUUCCUCCUCUUCUUCCUCCUUUUGCUCUUCCUCCUCUUCCUCCUCCUUUUGCUCUUCCUCCUCUUCUUCCUAA